GUUUUCCAAGGUUUUCUAUGAAACCCAAUAUACUAAAGUAAACUCCCUACUUUCUCUCUCUCUGCUCUUGCUCUUUGCUCUAGGCCUAUAACCUCUCAUCAUAAAAAUAAAAUAAAAAAUAAAAGAGUGAAUCCCCCCAAACAAAUCCACGAAAUGGCACAACCAUCGCGUCUCUUCCAACCGCUAAACGUAGGAAAUGCGACCCUCAAGCAUCGCCUGAUAAUGGCGCCUUUGACUCGUUUUCGCGCCAAUACAGAGCACGUACCUCUCCCCUUCGUGAAGGACUAUUACGAGCAACGUGCCUCGGUACCGGGCACGCUCCUCAUCACCGAGGGAACUUUCAUUACAAGGAGAGCAGGAGGGUAUCGUAACAUCCCGGGAAUCUGGUCUAAAGAACAGAUAACAGCGUGGAAACAUGUAACAGACGCUGUCCACGCGAAGGGCUCUUACAUCUACUUACAACUUUGGGCGUUAGGCCGCGCCGCUAAUCCAGACGUUCUUAAGGAAUUCGGCGCCGAUCUCAUCGGCCCCAGCGCCAUACCGUAUGAGGAAAGCAAGCUGGCACCGAGGGAAUUGACCAUCGAUGAGAUCCGGUCACUCGUGGCCGAAUACGCCCAGGCAGCUAGUAACGCGGUGGAAGCGGGCUUUGACGGUGUGGAAAUCCAUGGGGCAAACGGAUAUUUGAUCGACCAGUUCAUUCAGGACGUGUCUAAUCACCGGCAGGACCAAUACGGCGGCAGUAUCGAAAAUCGGGCCCGCUUCGCCCUCGAGGUCGCCAGUGCUGUUGUGGAGGCUAUCGGUGCUGAAAAGGUUGGACUUCGCAUAUCCCCUUGGUCCACUUUUCAGGGGAUGCGUAUGGAGAACCCGGUUCCGCAGUUCACAUACCUGGUUCAGGAGUUGAAAAAGCUCAGGCUGGCAUAUUUGCAUGUAGUUCAAUCAUCUGCCAUUGACGAGUACACAACUCUCGAAGCCACGGAACGGAUCGCCUUUGUAGUCGACACAUGGGAUAAUACAUCUCCUGUUCUCAUCGCGGGUGGUCUCCAAUCGGAUAUCGCAAAGAGGAUAGCAGACGAAAGUUUUAAGGAUAAGGAGGUUGGCUUAGUAUUUGGCCGAUAUUUCAUCUCGACGCCAGACUUGCCGUUCCGAAUAAAGAAGGAUCUUCCCUUGAAUCCUUAUAACCGCGGCACCUUUUACACACCAGAGAGUAAGGAGGGUUACAUAGAUUAUCCUUUCAGCGACGAGUUUACCAAAGCCUCAAUUUAGGUGAUGCUCCCCUGAGGGAAAUUAGGACGAGAAUGCAGGUUCUCGUAACUUGGCGGUUCGCAUAAAGUUGUAGAUAUUAUAGACCAC